AUGAAUCCGCCUGGUCCAACACCUGCAGUUCCACUGCUGGUUAUACCUUAUGGAGUACCACCCAGUCUCUAUUACCUCACUCAGAUCGACCAGGUGUUUAUUCACCAAAAAAUAUCUUUUGUAGAGAUGCUCACUGGCUUUGAGACCAACAACCAGUAUGAGAUCAAGAACAGCAUCGGGCAAGACAUCUACCACGCCAAAGAAAAAAGCGACUGCUUUACACGCAAUAUUUGUGGUUCAGCGCGCGGUUUUCAAAUGCGAAUUACAGACAACACGGGCCAGGAGGUCAUACGGCUGCACAGACCAAUGCGCUGCUUCCUGCAAGAGAUUGAGAUACAGUCUCCCCUUGGAGUUACCAUAGGCUAUGUGAAACAGGAGUGGUCCUUCUUUUUACCAAGAUUCUCCAUCCUGGGCCCCAACAAUGAGGUACUGCUGAAAAUCCAUGGGCCCUUCCUUCCAUUCAAAUGCUGCGGUGACGUAAACUUUGAGGUAAAAGGCAUGAUUGGUGAGAAGUCAAUUGGUCGAAUCAUAAAACAACGAAGUGGCUUCAUAAAGAAAUGCUUCACUGAUGCCACUAACUUUUGUAUCCAAUUCCCUCUGGACAUGGAUGUUAAAAUGAAGACUGUACUUAUGGGCGCUUGCUUCCUUAUUGUGAGUAUUAAGUCAAGGAUUUCACUGAUUCACUGGACAUCUAGCUGUAGCCUAUGUAUUGUGUGCUAGAGAAGUUCAUUCAGAUCUGGCAUUUUAAACUUUUAUGGAAGUUUAUUGUGUUAAAAUUUAUAGGGCCAGAUUUACAAACAGCUUGCGCCAUUGUAACCCUCUUUUGGCAUUAAAGGAUUAGUCCACUUUCAAAUAAACUUUUCCUGAUAAUUUACUCACCCCCAUGUUAUCCAAGAUGUUUGUCUUUCUUUCUUCAGUCGAAAAGAAAUGAAGGUUUUUGAUGAAAACAUUCCAGGAUUAUUUUCCUUAUAGUGGACUUCAAUGGACACCAAACGGUUGAAGGUCAAAAUUACAGUUUCAGUGCUGCUUCAGAGGGCUUUAAACAAUACCAGACGAGGAAUAAGGGUCUUAUCUAGCGAAACGAUCGGUCAUUUUCGAAAAAAAAAAAAAAAUGUAAAUGUAUAUGCUUUAAAUAAACAAAUGUUUGCCUUCUAAGUGCUUCCGCCAAAACCGCAUUUCCGUAUUCUCCAAAAAGUUUACACUGUAUGUCCUACGCCUACCCUCAUAUUAU